CACAAAGGCCCAGAGUGGUGUUGAAAAAAAGGAAAAUAAUUUAAAAAUAGAAUUCUGGUUUUAUCUUAGAAAAGAAAAAUUAGAAAAUCUGGAGGAAAAUGUUAAACCGAGCAAACCAGACGAGAGAAUCUCUUGGGGACACGGGCGGACGGUGUUCGAUGCCCGAGUGAGCGAGUAAGAUCCGAUAUUCAGAGGUGGUGGAGAAAGAGAGAGAGAGAGAAAAGCCUGGCCUGGUCGUCGAUCUCAGAGAAUACUUCGCCGGCGACCGCUGUUGCUUUUUGUUGAAUUCAUUCAUUGUCGGCGAAAAGGGUGAGGCGGAGAGUCGCGGUCCGGUAUCCCGCUAAAUCGCGCAUUUGGGAAAACCGUACGUUGGCACGCGAUUGGGUAGGAGGCCGGAGAAGCACCGGCAAUCGCAGAUCUCCAUCCGGCAAUCGAGGCGAUGAGUAGUUACAAGACGCUUCUCAGGCCGAGGCUCGAGAACUCGGUGUUCGACUCGCUGAGUCAACUCGGGCAGGAAAGAAAUUCGAACAAUGACGAUGCUCUUUCCGAUGCCGAUUCCGUUAUUCUGAACGGCCCGGACAUCUUCGACUGCGAGAAUCAGGUGCGUUUCGUCAUGGAUUUGAUUCAUCAGCGAGUGGAGCAGUCUCAGGUAAUGGGCCUCAAUUCACAUUUGGUUUCCGAGGCCCUGAAUGAAUCUGCCUUUGGUGUUGUCGAGGAAGAAGACAAUCGUAAUGCCAUCAGGAGUUUAGAACCCGAUUUGGGGAUAGGGUUUGGUUUAGGCACACACGACAAUUGCGGGUUCCAUGAUGUGUACGCUGGUGAUGAUACCAGCAACAUUGAUUAUCAUUGCAAUACUGUUCUUGAUGAUGUUAUCGAUGACGACGUGUUCUUCAUUGAGAGGAGGGUGUCUGGGCUUGAAUCACGGGUCGUUGAGUUCCAGUCAGAUUCAGAGUCGGAGGAGAACGACAACUCUCUGCUAGCUAUAGAUUUCGGUUCUCGUGAUGAAUAUGGAUUGGAUGACGAUAUACAUGUGGGAAGUGGGCACUAUGAUUAUGGCGAUGGAGAAGUUGAUGUUGGUGUUGUUGAUGAUGAUGAUGAAAGUAUUACGAUCCCGCUUUGUUGGAACUCGCUUUCCUUGGAGGAUCACAGAGAUCAUCAGAAUGAAGAUUUCGAGUGGGAGGAAGUUGAUGGCCGCGUGGAUGAAAGAGAGGUGUUGAGCAUGUUUCUCGAUGAAGAUGAUGACGACGAUGAGGCCUCUGCAUCGCUCUCGAUCUCUCCGAUCAUUUCCCCCGAGGAUAUGGUUAGUGUGGACAGGGUGGUCGGUUCGGGAAAUCUCGAGUGGGAGGUCUUGCUGGAUGCCACUAACCUGGGACCGCUUCCAGACCCAGAUCAAGCAGCUCGAUACUUUGGUGGCGGCGGUGGUGGUCAUGAUGACGACUAUAUCUACACAGCAGACUACGAGACGGUGUUUGGGCAGUUUGCUGAGAUGGACACGGUGCUCACAACAGGUCAGCCCCCUGCUUCCAGAUUAGUGGUCGAGAGGCUUCCCGCUGUCGUGGUGACCAAAGAAGACGCGGGGAGUGAUGGCUCGACCUGUGCUGUCUGUAAGGAUGACAUGAGUGCUGGGGAGAAAGCAAAGCUGCUGCCUUGCACGCACCGGUACCACGAGGAGUGCAUCGUGCCUUGGCUUAAUAUUAGGAACACUUGCCCAGUCUGUAGGCAUGAAUUGCCUACCGACGAUCCCGAUUACGAGCGGAGGAAGAUGGUGGAAAGAUCUACUGGUGCUGUUGCUGCUGCUGCUGGUGGUACUUCUGGCCAUCACCAUGUGAUCACAAUGUGAUGGGGGGUAUUUACUGACCUCAUCGUUGUUUGCUGCCGGGGAAGUCUCAUUCCCACAUGUGUAUCCGUGUCAGAUAAGGAGUUUACUGGCUUGCAGCUUGCUUGUGUGACGAUUGUAGUAAUGGUAGAAGAAUUUGUUUUUGCUGUAUUGUACUUUCUGAAGGGUUCGGUUUUCUGGUUUUGUUCUUGUUCCUGGAAUAAUGUGAGAAAUGGUUUGUUGUUUUUUGAAAAGUUAUUUGCCUACGAUGAUUGAACAACGAAUUGUGCACCUUAUAUUGGCCAAUACUACGGUGCCGCACUAAAAAGUGCGGUAUCGGUGACGCCGUUUCUAAUUGGGCCACGUGGCGCUGAUGUGGCAUGGCUGGCUUUGAUUGACCCAAGCCCAGCAAUUAUUAACCGAGCAACGAAGGAAGAAGUGACCAAACCAACUCCCGUCAAACUAACGGUAGUCCUCCCCAUCCGAUUAAUUGUUUUAUUUUUUCAUUUAUUUAAAAAUUGAUAUAAUUUAUUUUUCUGUAGUAAAAGAAAGAAGGAAACUCUCGCUCGUCCGAUUCUGAAACGAUCGAACAACGAACUCCACAAUCCGUCGGACGGUCCAAACUCCAUUACCUUCACUGUAUUCCGAAUCCAUUGAUUGAUUUGUGUAAAACAAAACCCUGUUCCCAAGCGGCCCUCUGGCUCCAUCGAAGCACUCUGCCGAUACCGACGAUCCAAAGGCAAAUGAAGAGUGCAUCUCCCUCCCUCUGUUGCGUCUCGCCGCUCUGUACCCUUCCUGUUGACGAAGCAUAAUUCGAAGUUCGUUGGUGCCUGGAAAGAAACAUGUUUGUAGGAGGAAGUUCAAGUCAGCAAGCUUACCCUCCACCUACCAAUGUAAAGGUAAACUGGAAUCAAUGCCAGAGCAGAUAGCAAAAACAGACAACCAAAUAACGGAAAUCUUCCAGAUAAGAAAAUACCCUCCCACCUUGCAAUAUGCAGCAGGCCACUGCCAAUACAACCAUCUCCAGACAAGAGAAAGAAAAGCAUAAACUGAAAUAGGGAAGGGGAGAACAACAUCAUAAUCAAUGUCGGAGGGAGCAGUGAGGGAUUUCAAUCCAGGCGAUAGGGAGACCGGGGAGAUGGGAUCGACGACGGACAAGUCGUCGGGAAAGAUUUUGUAGAGGCCGCCGGCGAGGGAGAUCGAUGAAUUGUGCUGUUGUUUCGUUUGGUGUAGAUCCAUGUUUUCUGUUUUCUGAUUUUGUCAAAAAAAAACAGUUACAUGAAUUUUAAUUUAAUUAAUUAACAUAAAAACGAAAACAAAACGUUGAACGGAGUUACGGAGAAUCCAUUCGCCCGGUUGGGCUACUUCUAAGUUCUAACGGGCCACCUGGGGUUUGGUUGGGAUUAAUUAAACAAAAUCAACGCCACCUCAUAUCUACGUGGACCAAUGAAGGGUAGCGUCACCGGUGCCGCAUUUUUAUUGGCGGCACCGUAAUAUUGGCCUAAAACCCCUUAUAUUUUAUCCGUAUUUAGGAGAAAACCCAACGCGAGUCGGAUCCAAAAAUCUCAGAACCCAACACGAAACAGCCCAACCAGAAAACCCAACGCGACCCGAAGGCCCAAGAGGCCCGUGUCCGGUGUCCUUUCUUGUAGCGCCCGAAGAGUUUCCCCCCAAAUAAAUACUUGGACGUCAACUAAUAAGCCGUGUUGUUUCCAAAUCACCGCUUUUUUCCCCCCCAACCGCCCUCCCCUGGGAAUAACCGUGUCUUUCUUCUACUCCCUUUUCUUUUUCCCAUUUUCUAGAUUAAUCUACAAUUUUCAUUGGUUAUUAAUUUAUCAAUUUUCUGACUCACGCCAAAUUCACGACUGGUUCCGUGUGCCAGCUCAGCAAGCAAACCUCACACCCCUUUUUUUGUGUACAAGCUAAGCAAUCCAAUAACCCUCUUUACCUUCC